GAUCCUAUUGGCGCGUUGUAGCAUUAUCUGCAUAUUUCCGUUAGGGAACGCCUACUCUGUGCAAUAAACUCAAUACGCCCUUUCGCACCUUCUAAACAAAGCGAUUUAUUAAAACGUUUGCAAAGGGUAAAGUCUACAAAACUUAGUCCACUCUGUUCAUAACAUAUUUUAGUUUUGGGAACAAAAAACUGUAUUGAGAACAAAUGUUUAAUCGAUGAGAACAUUUGAAGAAUAUCGGUGUUACAUUAUAUCUGUCCCGGCGUACAGCCGAUCUAGUAGGUAAAGGUAUCCGGGUCGUUUGAAACGCCACGCUAACAUCGUAAACUAAUCGUAGGGAUUUUAAAUAAUUAUAUUUGGUAGUGUGUUAAAUUGACGUGGUGCAAAUAGUCACUGAUUCCCUCUUACAGAAACGGAUUUUCUGUCCAACUAGCCAUAGAUAGUUAGCUAAUUUUUUGACGAUUUGCAACGAGCAUACUGAUGGCUAACAACGAAUGAGUUUGGGUCCUCCGCCAUGGAAAGCAUGCUGUUAUCUGUUCGCCUUAUCAAGAGAACAUGACACUCCCUGUGAUGGAAUCUUCGAACAUUAUGGCCCAUCUCGAGCAGGCGGAAUCUCACCUGGCCGAGAUAGAGCUCCUCUCCAGUAUGUACCCCGGUGAAGACGAGCUGGUGAUUACUGACCAACUAGCUGUGGCUGAGCUCAGGGAGUAUGUGGAGGGAGCAACAGAUACCUAUCCUCUGUCCAGACCACACAUCCUCAUCAAACAGAAGCUGGACACUGACACUGUGAAGGGGGUGAACGUGACCAUAUCUUGCACCUACUCAUCCGACUACCCUAAUGUCUUACCUGAAAUAGCUGUACGGUGUCCUGACCUCAGACGAUCCCAGCAGGCCCAGCUCCACUCAGACAUGAACACCUACCUCUCAGAGAGCUGCUGUGGAGAUGUCUGCGUCCUCUCUGCCGUGGAGUGGGUGAAAGACAACGUACACCUGUACCUGACCGACAAGAGCACAUCAUCAUCAACAGCAGCCCCUGGCAAGAGAGAGUCUCGGUCGACCUGCUCAUCUCCGCAGCCCCAAGAGCAGUUCAGUCGCCUGUGGAUCUACAGCCACCACAUCUAUAAUAAGAGGAAGAGGAAGAACAUUCUGGAGUGGUCCAAGGAGCUGGAUCUGUCAGGGUUCAGUAUGCCUGGCAAGCCUGGGAUCAUCUGUGUGGAAGGCCCUCAGUCGGCCUGCGAAGACUUCUGGGCCAGGGUGAAGGUUCUAACCUGGAAGAAAAUCAUUAUUCGUCACAGAGAGGAUGUUGCCGUGGACAGUCUGAGGGCUGAGGCCAGCGUGGCAGACCACACGGAUUCCCUCCGUAGGUUCACAGGGUUCGAGGAGGCUGUGUUUUAUCCACACGGGAACAGAGGAAACCAUAUGAACCUGGGCCAGCUCUAUCAGUACCUCAACGAGAGAGGAUGUGGAGACGUCUUUCAGCUUUACUUUGGAAUUGAAGGAAGGUAGUAUAGCUGAUAGGAUAGGUCCCUUAACUGUUGGUUGUACCCAAAUGUACGCUGUAUCCACGUGAACCAAUGGCAGGAAUCAAGUAUCCACGUGAACCAAUGGCAGGAAUCAAGUAUCCACAUGAACCAAUGGCAGGAAUCAUGUCACUAAAUGAACCAAUGGCAGGAAUCAAGUAUCCACGUGAACCAAUGGCAGGAAUCAAGUAUCCACGUGAACCAAUGGCAGGAAUCAAGUAUCCACGUGAACCAAUGGCAGGAAUCAAGUAUCCACGUGAACCAAUGGCAGGAAUCAAGUAUCCACAUGAACCAAUGGCAGGAAUCAAGUAUCCACAUGAACCAAUGGCAGGAAUCAAGUAUCCACAUGAACCAAUGGCAGGAAUCAAAGGAUUUGUACAUUAGGUGAUGCAUUUUCAGUAGGAGCCUAGUAUGCUUUUAUUUGUUUACUGCAUACAUUACUAAACAGUACGAUUAACACAGUAUGUUGUUUCAGUAAGUAGUAUGCAAGACAGACAUUGUCUAUGGGGGUUAUUUUUGAAUGUUAAAGAAAUCUGCUUCAUACCAAAAUAAUCUACAGGUUGAGCUCCAACUACAGAAUACAGACACAUGAUCCACAAAGUCCUUACGUACAGAACACAGUUGCUUCUCUGUAGAAUCACUCUUACUGUUCUUAGCAUGACGCUCACCAACUAAUGUAGCACCACAGGAGUCAGGGACAACAUAAAUUAAGAGAGAGGUGCAGCUAAUCCACACAGAGAUGAGCCCACAGCUAAUCCACACAGAGAUGAGCCCACAGCUAAUCCACACAGAUGAGCCCACAGCUAAUACACGGAGAUGAGCCCACAGUAAAGUGAGAAUGGUGGUUUGCUGGGGGGUUUACUGAACCCCUUCUCAAAUACAGGCCUUGAAGUCUAACCCCUACUGGAGUUUAUCCUUCCUCUCUAAACACAGAUUCAGAACUGUGACACCAGGUCGGGGGGAAUCCCUAACUACCAUGGGGGGGAAUCCCUAACCACCAGGGAGAUAAGACAACCACCAGUGCUGUGGAUAUUAUAUUAUUAUAUUAUAUAUAUUGGAUACCAUUGCUCAGAUUUGUGUAUGCCUGGUUUCCACACCUCGUCUCCAUCAGCCCCUAUUUUCAGAAGCGUCAGCUCCAAAUCCUUUGUCCGGGAUCACCUGAAAGGUGGGAUGGUAGUUUCAACCAUAGUAGCAGUCAAAUGGAACACAAAGUGAGAACGGUUUUACAGAUUCGUCACAAGUCUGAUCAAACUUCUUAUUUUAUGCAUUCAAUACAUUCUACAAGCAAACAAACUCAUGUAAAAUAUAUCCAACUAUAAAUAAGAAUAUGGGUGGUAAAUGACUGAGUUAAAAAAAAACUCAAUGGUGCUCGGAUAGGGAAUUACUGUGCUAAUGGCUAUGAAUGGUUUGUCCCGGGAGAUGAGUAACCUUGCCUGAGAACUGAAAACGUAUGUUAGCUUCCUGAGCCAAUGUCUUGGCUUUAGCACAGUUCAUCAUGUCAAAUACAGUACGAGUUGCACCUGUAUAAUGAUUUUGUAGAUACAAACGAUGUUUGAGGAUAAAUGCAACACCUGUAAACAUGUCAAUUGAUAUGUGAAUAAAUUCAACGGGAAUUGCAAGCAUGCAA